CUUGUUUCGUCGGUAUGUCGUCGGAAUAACGUUAUUCCGACGACAUACCGACGAUUUUUUCCCUCAGUAUGUCGCCGUUUUCUUGCAGUGAACCAAACACAAACCAAGCCAAAUUCAAAUUGAACACAAACCACACCAAAAUAAUUUCAGUUAAAAAAUUUAGAACCAAACAACCAAACCAAAUCUAAACCAAAUCCGAAUUUAAACCAAAAUACCUACCCCAAAAUACUACUCUUUCUGUUUAACUUUAAGAAUAUUUUUCUUUUAGAUUAAGUGAUGUUUCUCUGUAAAAAAUAAAUAUUAUUUAGUGUUUCCAUUAGUAUUAAACAAUAUAAUUUUCAUUGACUAAAUCUAUAUGAUUAUUUAUGAAGUGAUUUUUCAUAUUUGUCAUGUUUUCUAUGAUUUUAGGUAAUUUUGCUUAUUUGUCAUAUUUUAAUUUGGUUUAAUUUGAGUCAUUAAUUUAUUGAUAGUUUUUAGUUGAGUCAAUAAUUUAUAAUUCAAAUGAUGUAACUAUAAAAUUUGUAACUAGAUAUAUAUAAUUAUUUUGAUUUUGCUUAUUUGUCAUGUUCUCCAUGAUUUUAAUUAAUUUGAUUAUUUGUCAUGAUUUUAGUUAAUUUGAUUAUUUGUCAUUUAUGAUUAGAUUAAUUAUAAUCUAUCUCUUAUCAUAGCUUAUAGUUUAAUGAUAGUAUAUAUAAUGUGUAAGUGAUAUUUAUUUUGGUCUAUGUCGUAUUAUAGUUAUAGUAGUAUAUAUGUAAAUGCUAGUACAAAUAAAUAUGAUGCCGACUUUAUCUAAAUAUCUAUCUUAAUAAUGUAUUAAUAAUUUGCCGACUCUCUGCGAUGAUAGUAUAUAUUCUCAUCAUACUUUUACUAGCUUGCGAAGAAAGGAAACAACUUUAUUGAUCUCCCGUAUGCUGUUAAAGGAAUGGAUGUGUCAUUCAGUGGGAUAUUGAGUUAUAUCAAAAGUACUGCCGAGGAGAAGCUCAAGAACAACGAGGGCACACCUGCAGAUUUGUGCUACUCCCUUCAAACGUUCUUUGCGAUGUUGGUUGAGACACGAGCGAUGGCUCAUCGCGACAAGAAAGACGUUUUGAUAGUUGGUGGUGUCGGGUGUAACGAGCGGUUGCAGGACAUGAUGAGGACUAUGUGCUCUGAACGUGACGGGACGCUUUUUGCAACGGAUGAUCGUUACUGUAUUGAUAAUGGAGCGAUGAUUGCGUACACGGGUCUUCUUGAGUUUGUUAACGGUAUUGAAACGCCGUUAGAAGACACUACCUUUGCGCAGCGGUUUCGCACGGACGAGGUUCCGUGCGGGGUGGCGAGAGAAGGAAGAGUUGGUACGUGGAGAUAAGAACGUUGCUGCUGCUAAGUGAUUGUGUGUACUCAAUUUUUAUCGAUUAUGAGAAGUGGAUAUGUCUACUCGAUAACAUUUGUUUUUGAUGAGAUAAUUUUAGUGAAAUGUUACUAAUCUUAUCAUU